UUGUUUUAUAGCAGUAUGUUUGUGCUAAUACACUUGGCUAUUGUCUUCCAUUUGCAAGAUAUUAGAUGGGAAAGAACUCAGUUUUUGUCAAAGUCGUUUUUGGCUUUUCUCACGUUCAACAUAAUUACUUAUGGUCUCUUGUUUGCUGAAGUUUUAACAACUCAGUUUGCUAGCAGACCAUCUCACGAUCAAAGUUUCUACAUGCACAUAUUCAAUGGUUGUUAUGCUGUUCUUCUCUUUAUUGUUGUGGUUUUCUUCUUGGUUUACGGAGUCGAAGUGUAUUUCAAGGUUCGAGGAGCAUUUAUAAAGCAACCGGUGCAGUUGAGUGGAGCCCCCGAGUCGGAGCCUUUGAACAACGAUCAGCAAUUAUUACGCCCAAAGAUCAACAAUUCGCAGUUACACCAGUCCCGUGUGGGUUUAAUCAGUCAGGCGUUUAUGUUGAUCAUCAUUGUCGGUUUUCUCUUUUCUGAAACGUUGUCAGAAUUUUGGAAGACCAAAGUGCCAGUCGUUUCACGCAAUUGGCACGACGUUCUUUUCCGUGUUGUUGAAAUUGGCGUCGCCAUCUGGUUUCCGGCUGUACUCUGGAACUGUAUGUCUCCCAACGAACUUUGGAUCCUCAAUCCUCGUAAACUUCUUGCCAAACUCGACAAUGGUAACGUUCCCACGAUAUAUCUCUCAUCUGACGAGGGAGACGUGUCGAAGAACGAAGGAGAAGAGAAAACAAACGGUGAAUGUUGGAUCUGUUAUGAUGCGGACAGAAGCGAUCCCUUAAUUCGGCCCUGUGCAUGUACCGGAGAUGUAUCCAGUGUUCAUCACGAGUGUCUUCGACGCUGGCUGAUGGAGAGUUCGUCGACGAGUACGGAAACGACGCUCAAGUGCAAAGUUUGCAAUUGUCCUUAUAAUGUAGAAACGACAACUAAGAUCGAUUGGGAACGGGGAUUCACAGCGGAGCAUUGGGGAAGUACCGCGUUGUUUGUUACCUGUCUUUCGCUGGCCGUUGCAGGUGCUUGGAUUACCAUACAGUUGGUAGAAGAUUCAUAUAUUAGAAUGAUAAGCGCUAGUAUAGCUUUGAUGAUAAUCUAUGUCUGUAUUAGAUUCCUUGGCCAAAAUACACUUAGUGCAUACAAGAGGGCAAAGAUUGGAUCGGUGAACAUUGGUGACCAUGUUACCACAAUAAGUGGUAAUGUUACGGUCACGACAAUGAAAUAGAAUUGAAACCAAUUUAUUUAUUUAAUUUCAUUAGAUAUCUGGGUUGAUACUGAUUGAAAAUGAUUUUAUUGUACACACUAUAUUGGAAAUUAUGUAACCUACGUUAAUUUUCACUCAAACGUUUUAUCUUUAUGAUAUGAAUAAAUAGAGGAAAAUAACUCAGUAAUCUACAUGUCAUAAAUAAAUAUCAAUAUAUCUCUAUUAAUUGUGAUAAAUGUACUGUACCUUCGUACUAUUUAUAGGAUUAUUAUUACGAUAAUAGGAUAUUCACUCUGUAUAUAUUCGUAAAAGUAAGAUGCAUGUUUAUUGUUAUAUGUCUCUCAUGUUUUUUGUUGUUACUAUCUUUAGGUCUGAUUAUUUUUUAGUUG